GUGGGAGGUGUGUUGUUGUGUGUGUGUGUUUUGUUCCUGCUUUUGAGGCUUAUCUCUACGCUCCAUCGUGAGAAUUCCCUUUGCAAAACCAGCCGCCGCCAGAGUUUUGCUCGGAGAGGAGGAGCUGCAGGAAGGAGGCCAGAAUUCAAGGUGCCCAAAAAUGUUGAUGGGGUGAUUUGGGCUUGGGUGGGGGUGGAGGGCUCCUAUCUCCCAUGUGGGGCUUGCAUUAUUUCGCAUUGUGAGAUACCCCUGCAAGUCAGGCCUGGCUGCGUGUGUGUCUUUGAAAGAGGACGGGACCAGUCCACAGAGCUGGAUCGUUGAAUUUUAGAGUUGAAAAGGACCCAAAAAGGGUUAUGCAGCCCAAGAAUUCAUGGAAGUUAAGGCUGUCAAAGGCUGCUAGCCAGGAUAAACGGCCGCAACUGGAGGCAGCCAGCAAGGCUGGAAACCACAGUGGGAACGGAGAGUCGCUCUUGCGCUCGGAUCCUGCUGGUGCGUUUCCUUGGGGCAGCUGAGAUAUGAUAUGAUCAUCUUUAUUGUCAUUGUCCCAUACAGAACAAUGAAAUUGAAAAAAAAAUCUACAUCUGCAUAAGACAUUCAAAACAAACAAGCCAGCUAUCCCAGCCUGGUUAGCCCCCUAAAAACUCUGAUACCCCAUAAUUAAAUACAAUAUACUCCCAUACAGACUCCUUAGGUAAGGUAAAGGGACCCCUGACCAUUAGGUCCAGUCGUGGCCGACUCUGGGGCUGCGGCGCUCAUCUCGCUUUACUGGCCGAGGGAGCCAGCGUACAGUUUCCAGGUCAUGUGGCCAGCAUGACGAAGCCGCUUCUGGUAAACCAGAGCAGCACACGGAAAUGCCGUUUACCUUCCCACCAGAGCUGUACCUAUUUAUCUAGCGGUACCUAUUUAUCUACUUGCACUUUGACGUGCUUUCGAACUGCUAGGUUGGCAGGAGCAGGAACCGAGCAACGGGAGCUCACCCCAUCGCGGGGAUUCGAACCGCUGACCUUCCGAUCGGCAAGUUCUAGGCUCUGUGGUUUAACCCACAGCGCCACCCGUGUCCCUCUACAGACUCCUUACAAUGUGUUUGAAACCAAAAUCACAUUAGGGUAGAAACUGUUUCUCAGGCGGCUAGUCCUAGUCAUUAUAACCCUGUACCUUCUUCCAAAGGCAGCAGCUGAAAGAGAUCAUUUCCGGGUUGCGCACUAUCCUGCGCUAUCUCUGCAGGUUUUUAUGGCACCUGGAAGCAUAGAUUUGAUCCAAGGUGGGAAGAGUGCACCCAAUUAUUCUCUCCGCAGUCUUUACAACCCUGGACAACAUUGUUUUUUCCCUGACCGUGCAGCUCCCAAACCACACAGAGAGGCUAUAAGUUAAUACGCUCUCCACAGUGCAAUGGUAAAAUGCCAUCAACAGGUCCUUUGAGAGAUUAUUUUUCCAGAGGGUUCUCAGAAAAUAUAACCUCUGCUGUGCUCUCUUCAUCAGGUCUUUGCUGUUUUCUCCCCAGGUUAGGUCAUCUCUCAACUCCAUUCCCAGAAAUCGAAACACCGAGACCACGCACUUCCCCUCAAUAAUAAGUGGCUGAAUAUUCAAUUUACAUUUCCUAAAGUCCACAAUAAUCUUUCUUGUUUUCUUUAAGUUAAGGAGUAAGUUGUUUUUCCUGCACUGCUCCCCCAACUGCUCAACUUCCUUCCUAUAGGCCGUCUCCACCUCUCCAGCCGUGAUUAAAACAACCACCGUUGUAUCAUCUGCAAACUUAAUGAUCUUAUUACUGGGGUAUUUGGGCAGCUAACUGUGAGAACAGGAUGCUGUACCAGAGGAGACCUUGGCCUGAUCCAGCAGUGCUUUUCUUGUGCUCCAAAAAUUAGAACGGAGAGCACACACACACACAAAGUCCUCUUUCAAACCGGCUACGGUGGUACGUUGUGGGGGGCGUUUGUUUUCAUAGAAUUGCAGAGUUGGAAGCGACCCCAAAGGUCCUCUAGCCCAAGCCGCUACAAUGCAGGAAUCUCUGCGAAAGCAUUUUAUUCCUUUUCAGGGGUUGGACACUGUGGGGAAAAGGAUGCUGGCCUAGGCAGUUCAUUGGCCUCUUCCUAUGUCCUUAUUCAUAUUUAUCGCCCUCUGGAGAGCCAGUGUGGUGUAGUGGUUAAGAGUGGUAGACUCGUAAUCUGGUGAACCGGGUUUGCGUCUCCACUCUUCCACAUGCAGCUGCUGGGUGACCUUGGGCCAGUCACACUUCUCUGAAGUCUCUCAGCCCCACUCACCUCACAGAGUGUUUGUUGUGGGGGAGGAAGGCAAGGAGAAUGUUAGCCGCUUUGAGACUCCUUUGCGUAGUGAUAAAGCGGGAUAUCAAAUCCAAACUCUUCUUCUUAUUAUUAUUCUAAUGGGCAUCGUCUUUUUCUGUUCUGUUUGUUUGAAUGCCUGAGCAUAAGAAGCGCAUGCUAGAUAAGGCUAAUGGUCAAUCUGUUAUAAACGGCCUUGGUCCUAUGUACCUAAAGGAGCAUCUCCACCCCCAUUGUUCAGCCCGGACACUGAGAUCCAACGCCGAGGGCCUUCUGGUGGUUCCGUCAUUGUGAGAAGUGAGGUUACAGGGAACCAGACAGAGGGCCUUCUCGGUAGUGGCACCUGCCGUGUGGAACACGCUCCCAUCAGAUGUCAAGGAAAUAAGCAGCUAUCUUAUUUUUAAAAGACAUCUGAAGGCAGCCCUGUCAAGGGAAGUUUUUAAUAUUCAAUGCUGUAUUGUUUUUAACACUCGAUUGGGAGCUGCCCAGAGUGGCUGGGGAAACUCAGCCAGAUGGGUGGGGUAUAAAUAAUAAAUUAUUAUUAUUAUAUUAUAUUAUUACACCAUCCACUUCAGGACCUGAGCACAGGAGCAACUCUCCCCCUCCUGUGGUUCUCCUGUGGGUAAACUGAAGUUCCUUCCUGCCUCCUGAAGCUAAAGUCUCAAGGAGCAAAAUAAACAGAAGCCACACCGCCUGAGUGGCAGUCGCUAGAAACUGCAGGAGGGGAGAGUUGCUCUCGCUUGCAGGUUUCCCACGAGGUUGGUCACUGUGAGAACAGGGUGCCAAACUAAAUGGGCCUUUGGCCUGGUCUUCUUUUCACGUCUCCUUCCUUGCUGAAUCCCCCCAAACCUAUUCCUCUUUGUCCCCUGUCCCGAGGGAGCCAUUUGUGGUUUAGGGGUUGGAGUACCAGACUAGGGCAGUGGCCCUCAAAAGACUGUGGCACGCCACCCUGGUGUGGCAGGAAGGUUCAGGGACAAUCAAAGAGACAUUUAAACACCUCAGUGUAGUAUAGUAUAGGGUUACCAGACGUCCCCAGUUCCCGGGGACAGUCCCCGGAUUUGCAAAUCUGUCCCUGGACAAAUUCCGUUCCCGGAAUGUCCCCAGAUUUGCAAAUCUGUCCCCGGGAAAUGUGGCAGCGGCAGCCUCAGCAGCCCGGAGCCAGCCUGGUAGCGCAGUUGGCUCUGGCUGGCUUCAGGAGUUGCUCGCUGCCAUGGCGCCCGCCAUUUUUCCUCGCCGGAAGUCCCCAUAUGAUGUGUCUUGUGCGCAUAUCAUGUGUCUCGUGCGAUCUGCCCCCUUCCCCCUUUGUUUUGACUGAUCGGGGGAGGCUCAGGAGUCACGGGCAGGCGGCGCACCGUUGCCCAGUUUCAUUAAAACUCUGUGCAUUUAUGUUUACAGGGUGCGAAAUAGGGACUUUGCACCUUUAUACAAUAUGCAUGUGUGCUUGGGCCCAGGGUCUUUUGCCUCACCAUCCCCACUAGUGACUCCCUGUUGCUACUCAGUUUAAAAAACAAACAAACAAACAGUGUCCCCGGAUUCAUUGAAAAAAAUCUGGUAACCAUAGUAUAGUAUCAAAAUGGUUUUUUAAAAUUUUAUUUGCAGAAUAUGGAUAGAUUUUCACGUUCUAGGCGUCGUUUCUUUGUUGUUUUCCAAUGCAUUUCUUAUCACUAAAAACAAAUGCGGUGUGGCGCAAGCAAGUUUUUAUUCUGAAAAGUGUGGCCCAGAGGGCGGGGGGGGGGGGGGAGUUUGAGAACCACUGUACUAGGACGUGGGAGAGACAAGGGUUCAAAUCCCCACUGGGUGAGCUUGGGGAACAGGAACGAUCUCUCAGCCUAGCCCACCUCCCAGGGUUGUUUUGAGGCUGCAAUGGAUGGGCAGGGGAGAGAACUGGGCAUGCCACCUGGAGCUCAUUGGAGCGGGGGGGGGUAAUAUUAAUGCAAUAAAUGACUGGAUGUUGUUUUUAACCAUCCACCCCUUCUUCCCAUUCCAGCCUGCCCCCACCGCAUCCCAAUUCAUGCGGGGGCGGGGGAAGCACUGACCCCUUUGUGCUCUAAGAGGGAGGAUCCCACGGAGGAGGGAUCCCUGCAAGGAUGCAAUUGUGGCGGGGGGGGGGGGCGGAGAAAUGAUGCAUUUUGCAGAAGCUCCAAGCCUUAAAUGGGGUUUCAUUCGUCUCCAAGGCGCAGUUCCUGAACGCAGGACGCUUUGCCAGCCUGGCGGUCCAACCCUCCCUCCCCCCCCCGCCAGAUGUAUCGAGACUACAACUCCCACCAGCCCACGGGGUGCAAGAAAGACUGACACGUGGCUCUCCCCUCCCAUUUCCUGCAAAAACCUCCUUCCUUUUCCGCGCGGAACCCCCGCCCUGCCUAGCAACUGCUGACGCGGGCCAAAGGGCGUCUUUUCCCCAUUGGCUGAAGGUCCUCUUUUUCCGCGCGCAGGUUUCCGCGGCUGGUCCCUGCUUCCCAUCCUCCGCGCAGGUAAGUGGAUGGAUGGAUGGAUAGAAAGAAAGAAAGAGAGAUGCAGGGACAUUUGGAGAUUCAGGUCCAUUGCACGCGCAGGGGGGUGGUUCCUUUGCUCUUUUUGGUGGGGGUGGGGUUGAGUUUUUCCGGUGGGGGCUGAACUCCCCUAUUUGCAAGACAGGAUUCGCACCCAGGCCCUAAGGUGGGGAGAAAGGGGUUUCCCCCCAGGCCCCCCCACGGCAUGAUGCAGUUUUGGGGGUACCCUGUGUGCAAAGGGGGGGAAUGGGAUCUAAAUGCAAUGAAUGAAUAAAAUGGGGGGUUCGGUGUCAGUGGACUCCCAAGGGCUGCAGGGCUGCAGGCACUAAGAGGAAAGAGGUCAUUAGAUCAGAAUCGUAGAGUUGGAAGGAAGGGACGCCUGGCGGUCAUCUAGUCCAACCCCCCUGAAAUGCAGGAAUCUUUUCCCCAACGUGGGCCGACCCAGAAAUGGAGAGUCUCAUAUUCUCCCAGCUGAACUAUCUCAGAGUACAGUGGCAGGAGGGGAAAGCAAGGCAGGAAUGCAAGGAGCGGGUCACAAACGCUCUGCUGUUUAUUUAUGGAUGUCUCAGUACUUUAAUACUUAGAUCCUGUUGUCCUAUUGUGUAUUUUACUCAUGGAUAAGCUUGCAUCUUAAAUGUCUGUGUUUCGCAAACCGCUUGGAAGCCUCUUUACACAUUAAAGCGAUAUAUGAAGAUCCCGGGUCCCAAGGAGAUUAGACUGACCUUGACCAGAGCCAGGGCCUUUUCGGCUGUGGCCCCAGCCUGGUGGAAUGCUCUCCCACAAGAGACCAGGGCCCUGCGGGAUUUGAUACCUUUCCGCAGGGACUGCAAGACGGAGCUGUUCAUAGAAUCAUAGAAUCAUAGAGUUGGAAGAGACCACAAGGGCCAUCGAGUCCAACCCCCUGCCAAGCAGGAAACACCAUCAGAGCACUCCUGACAUGUUGUCAAUCCUCUGCUUAAAGACCUCCAAAGAAGGAGACUCCACCACACUCCUUGGCAGCAAAUUCCACUGUCGAACAGCUCUUACUGUCAGGAAGUUCUUCCUAAUGUUUAGGUGGAAUCUUCUUUCUUGUAGUUUGGAUCCAUUGCUCCGUGUCCGCUUCUCUGGAGCAGCAGAAAACAACCUUUCUCCCUCCUCUAUGUGACAUCCUUUUAUAUAUUGGAACAUGGCUAUCAUAUCACCCCUUAACCUCCUCUUCUCCAGGCUAAACAUGCCCAGCUCCCUUAGCCGUUCCUCAUAAGGCAUCGUUUCCAGGCCUUUGACCAUUUUGGUUGCCCUCCUCUGGACACGUUCCAGUUUGUCAGUGUCCUUCUUGAACUGUGGUGCCCAGAACUGGACACAGUACUCCAGGUGAGGUCUGACCAGAGCAGAAUACAGUGGCACUAUUACUUCCCUUGAUCUAGAUGCUAUACUCCUAUUGAUGCAGCCCAGAAUUGCAUUGGCUUUUUUAGCUGCCGCGUCACACUGUUGGCUCAUGUCAAGUUUGUGGUCAACCAAGACUCCUAGAUCCUUUUCACAUGUACUGCUCUCAAGCCAGGUGUCACCCAUCUUGUAUUUGUGCCUCUCAUUUUGUUCCGCCAGGCCAAACACAUAGAAGUUACAUGUGCUCUUGUUACAGUAGCUCUUGUUAGCUACUGUUGAUUUUCAUUUUCUGAAUAUGUUCUAAAUACAGACAGGCCCCUUCUCUUUCUGUAUAAGAACAAGCAUUAAAGAGGCCUCCUGGCCUGCUCACAGGUCCUUUAUAAGACCAGUGGUAACAUUUGGCCCUGGAGAAUAUUAACCACUCUUAAUUUUACCUGUGGACUGCCAUCUGUCCAGAUUUUAAUUUGCUCUGAACUAAUUUUAAGAUGCAUUUUAAUUAAUUGAUUGCCUUUUUAUGUUCUUAUGUUUUUUCUAUAAUGUGUUAGUUUGAUGAUGUUAGCUGACCUGAGCCCAGCUCCGGCCGGGGAGGGAUGAUGAUGAUGAAUGGAUAUUCAUUUCGCAGGACCAUAGAAUUGUAGAGUUGGGGGGGGACUCUGAGGUCAUCCAGUCCAACCCCCUGCGAUGCCAAAAUAUGUGUGUGUGUGCGUGCGCAUGUGCGUGUGCAUCCCACUUUUUCUGUCUUUCUGUUUGAUAACUCCUUAUUAGGCAAGUUGCAAAACUCUGAAACUGAGAACCUUCGGGAAUUGCCAUCAGAAAUCUCACAAUGCAUGCAGUUAAGAACCCAUAGUUAAUUGAUGCCUGUUUUUUAUUUUUAUCGCACGGUUUUAUGUUUCGUUGCUCUAAACCUCUUUGAUCUUUUCUUUUACAACAUGGAGGGCAUAUAUAUAUUUUUAUAAAUAAAAAAAGGGGGGCGUGGGUGGCUCUGUGGGUUAAACCACAGAGCCUAGGACUUGCCGAUCAAAAGGUCAGUGGUUCAAAUCCCCGCGAUGGGGUGAGCUCCUGUUGCUCGGUCCCCGCUCCUGCCAACCUAGCAGUUCGAAAGCACAUCAAAGUGCAAGUAGAUAAAUAGGUACCGCUCCGGCCAGAAGGUAAACGGCGUUUUCAUGCGCUGCUCUGGUUCGCCAGAAGCGGCUUAGUCAUGCUGGCCUCAUGACCCGGAAGCUGUACGCCGGCUCCCUCGGCCAAUAAAGCAAGAUGAGCGCCGCAACCUCAGAGUCGUCUGUGACUGGACCUAACGGUCAGGGGUACCUUUACCUUUUAUAGAUAAAAAAUGAAUAAAUAUAACAAAAUAUUCAGGGGGGAAACACCUUUUGAAACACAUGCGUUCUCUCCCCUUAACAGCUUGGAACCAGUUGACUUACAGGAUCGCCAUACCCCCUUUAUGUUUGGAUUUGAUAUCCCGCUUUAUCACUACCCGAAGGAGUCUCAAAGCGGCUAGCAAUCUCCUUUCCCUUCCUCUCCCACAACAAACACUCUGUGAGGUGAGUGGGGCUGAGAGACUUCAGAGAAGUGUGACUAGCCCAAGGUCGCCCAGCAGCUGCGUGUGGAGGAGCGGAGACGCGAACCCGGUUCACCAGAUUACGUGUCCACCGCUCUUAGCCAGUGCACCACACUGGCUCUCCUACUUGUCCCUACUUGACCACUCCAAUCUGAGGGACUGGCACCGUGCCCACAUAUUACUCACUCUGCACUUUUUCCUGGUGCGAAAAGGGGGGGGCAGCUUUGAGCCAUCCCCUGGGGGGAAACCUUACUUUCUGCAGGUCGUUGUGGAGCUGUUGUUUUAAUGUGGCAACACCCUGACUGUUGACAUCAGUCAUUUGCACGCUUUCUAGGGCCCGAUUAAAACAUUUUUCGUUUAGGCAAGCCCUACCCAAACACAUAGAAGUUACAUGUGCUUUAUCUCUUGUUAGCUACUGUUGAUUUUAAUUUUCUGAAUAUAUUCGAAAUGCAAGCAGGCCCCUAAUUUUUUUUUUUAGGGGGGUGCUACAUUCUUGGCUCCUGUUCGCAUCAGCAGAGCGCACCAAACCCCACCCUGUUUUGUCCCUGUUCUGCCCUCUUCUGUGUACAAAACGAUCCCGGUCGCACAUCAACUGAGCAUGUGAAAAAUGCUUACUGACUCGACUUUAUUUCAAUUUUCUAUUCAUAAUUUUAAUGCUUUAUAUCAGGGUGGAUAAAAAAAUCAAUGUGUGUUUUUUAAAAAUAUAUAUCAGAUUUUUAAAUUUUAAAUUGUAUUUUUAAAAUAAAAUGCUUUUGGAGGAAAAAUCAUUCUAAAGAUAGUUAAACAGAAAACUAUCUCUAGAAUGAUUUUUCCUCCAAAGGCAUUUUAUUUAAAAAAUCCAAUUCAAAUUUUAAAAAUCAGAUUUUUAAAAAAGAUCAUAUUCAAAUCAUAGAAUAUAAGUUACAUUAUAUUCCAAAGGCUAUUCAUCAGGAAAUAAGGAUUUGUUUAAGUUUUUCAUGUGUGCUAAAACUCAGUCUAUGGUUCUUGUUUUUUUAAAAAAUUGUUUAACUACAUCGGUUAACAAACAUGGAUACAUAUGCUAUAAUGUUAUUGUUUCAGUUUAAUAAAUUGUUUAAAUUGUUAUUAAGGAAAUGAUUCUUUUUCUCCGUCCAAUAAAGUACAGCAGAAAAGUUGUCCAACUAUAAACAGUUAACUUAUUAAACCUCACAAUAAUUUCAUAAUGUAUGUAUUACCAAAUCAGUAAUUUUUGAUAUAACUGUAAAAACUCCUGAAAAUUUAUUAUUCCAAAAAUGAAACCUUCAUCUGGUUGUAAAUAUUAAGAUCAUACCACCAAGAAUGAGUCUGUCUGUAAAAAAAUGAUUUAAAUCAAGUCUUACUGACUAGAGAUUUAAAUCGUGAUUUAAAUCAAAUCCCCCCCACUUUAUUUUAUAUUUCUGAAAACCACGUAGAGGGCUUCCCUCGUAUAUGUUUCUAUUUAUUUUUAUAGACAACAAACCAGUUGCAGAAAAAAGAAAUGAAAGAAAAAUUUGUUGUUUUUAUUUUUUUAACAAAAUUAUGUCAGUUGUCACAAUGGCAAAUAAAGAAGCAUAAGAUUCAGCUAUGCAAUUUUCUGAGUCAAUAAUAUAAUAUACCAAGGGGAGAGGGAUGCUUAGUAUAUAAUUACAAAGGGUUCCAAGGUCUAAAUUAAAACAACUGCCCCCCUUUUUUUGUAAAGAAAAGAAAAAUAGCCUUGAGCUGUACUGAAUCAAGAUGCUUUCAUAGACUUGUGGUACCUGACAGUUCUCAGCUAUUUUUAUGCCCGUGGGGUAGGGUGGUUUUCUUAAAAUCAGAAUACAUAUUGAUUUUAUUAAUAAAUGCAGUAACUUUCUGUGCCGAUGAAAACGGCAUCCUUAAGAAAAACAGGUAAGCAAAAGGCAACAGAGCAAGUUGGUCUGAAACCCCCAAACUUUUACAUCAGUGGUUCCCAAGGUAGGUGGCACUGCCCGCCCCCCUGGUGGGCAAUAGUGCCACCUGGGCGGGCACUAAGAGGAAAGGGAACACUGGAGGUAUAAGGUAUGCGGCCCAGGACCCACGGGACCGCCUCUCCUGGUAUGCCCCACGGAGGACCUUAAGGUCCACAAAUAACAACACUUUGGAGGUCCCAAGUCGCAAGGUGGUUAGAUUGGUUUCAGCUAGGGCCCAGGGCCUUUUCAGUACUGGCCCCGACUUGGUGGAACGCUCUGUCACAAGAGACCAGGCCCCUGCGGGACUUGACAUCUUUCCGCAGGGCCUGCAAGACAGAGCUGUUCCGCCCGGCCUUUGGUUUGGACUCAGUGAAAAAAAGACAGUCAUGGAACCAAGAAAUUACACAAAACAAAAGAAUUGCCAUGGAAAUCCUUGAAACGAGAAGUAAUCUAUAGAAUUGAAUUAAAUAACAAAAAUUUAAAAAAUUAAGGAAAAGUUAACCUAGAAUUAAACAAAUGAGAUGCUGGCUACAAAACUCGUUUCACUGAGCUAAUUAGUUUCCUCAGAAGGAAAUAAAGAAAUUAUAAACCUUAAAUGAUUUUAAGUGAUAUCAAACAAACUCAAGAGCAGGGCUGAAAUGCUUCCUUGAGUUUACAAAAAAGGUAUAAAAACCUCAGUGACAAGUUUCAAACAUAGCCCUAUUUAAGAGAACAUUAUAAACCUUAACCUGCGUCUGCGCAUGCGUGGGUUGCGAUCCGGCGGUUCUGCGCAUGCGCGACAGACGAAGCCCGGAAGUAACCCGUUCCAGUGCUUCCAGGAUUAGGUGGUCCAUAACCCAAAAAAAUGCAACCGGAAGUGGCUGUAACCCGAGGUAUGACUGUAGUUGUUUAUCUCUUUGACAUCUGAUGGGAGGGCAUUCCACAGGGCGGGCGCCACUACCGAGAAGGCCCUGUGCCUGGUUCCCUGUAGCUUUGCUUCUCGCAGUGAGGGAACCGCCAGAAGGCCCUCGGCGCUGGAUGGCCAGGUUGAGACUUUAUAAUUGGAACCGGGAGAGUGGGAGCCCGGAAAGGUUUGGGAACCACUGUUUUGCCUCUCUCUAAUCCCACCCCCACCUUUUGCAGCUUCUUGGCUUUCAAUACCGCACAUCCCAGCUGUUUGCCUUUGGCCUUUUUGGAACCAGAUGCAGAGCACGGAUUAAAGGGAAGUCCUGAAACACAAAGGGGCCACAAGAUCAGGAACCGUGGAGGAUUCUGGGAAAGAACCAUGCAGAAGAUUCCAGGCAAUGACAACACCAGCUCGGGCGCUGAGUGUCAGCGCUUCAGGGAGUUUGGCUACCAGGAGGCCGGGGGACCCCGAGAGGUUUGCAGCCGACUCCACAGUCUCUGCCGUCGGUGGCUGAAGCCAGAAAGGCUCACCAAGGCCCAGAUCCUGGACCUGGUGGUCUUGGAGCAGUUCCUGGCUGUCCUCCCCCCGCAGAUGGAGAACUGGGUCAGGGAGUGCGGAGUGGAGACCAGCUCCCAGGCGGUGGCCCUGGCCGAAGGCUUCCUCCUGAGCCAGGAGGAGGGGAAGAAGCGGAAACAGGUAAGAGGGUGUUUCAUCCUAGUUGUACAAAGGAAACACAGGAAUGCCUUAGGCUAGUUAGUUCACUGAUGUGUCUAGCCUAGUAUUGUCGACACUGGCAGGCAGUGAUUUCAGGCAGGGAGUCCUUUCCAGCUCUUCAUAGGGCUGGGCUGUUGAAUGGUUUCUUAAUAUUAAGGUACAUUAUUGUUUCACAAGAUGUGUAUCUCUUUAAAGGACAGAGUAAAUAUCAUGACCUAGUUUUACAGCAGUAUAGAAGGUGCUGUUAAGUUGUGUGAAUUAAGCUGUGUCAGCAAUUGGGUAUAGUAUAUAAAGAGCAGUGUGUACCUCUCUCAGUACCCUGGUGAAUGGGUCAUACUUAAUAGAUUUAAUGUAAGAGGAGUUUUUGUUAUUAAACCCAAGCAAAAUACAGUGGUGCCUCGCAAGACGAAAAGAAUCCGUUCUGGGAGUCUCUUCGUCUAGCGGUUUUUUCGUCUUGCGAAGCAAGCCCAUUGAUGGGAUUAGCGGAUUAGCGCUAUUAGCGCUAUUAGCGGCUUUUAGCGGCUUUUAGCAGCUUAUCAGCUUAUCGGAUAAGCAGAUAAGCGGCUUAGCGACUUAGAAAAAGAGGGGAAAAGGAAAAAACAACCCAGGAACUCGCAAGACAUUUUCGUCUUGCGAAGCAAGCCCAUAGCAGAUUCGUUUUGCGAGGCACCUCCAAAACGGAAAACUCUUUCGUCUAGCGAGUUUUCCGUCUUGCGAGGCAUUCGUCUUGCGGGGCACCACUGUAUAUUUUUGCGUUUCUUCAUUGUUUCCUGAACGUGCGAUCUCCCCAGCACGCUUUUCGCAGUGCAAUUAAUCUGCUAAAUACGCAACAUGGGCGAUACAGCAAUAUAUCACCCAAAACUGGUUUUUUGACCUGGCAAUACAUCAUGACAUUCACGAUGUGUGUGUGUGUAUGUGUGCUAUGCAAAAACCAUGACGUGGGGGAAAGUUGAAGCCAGCUGAAGUCUCUACAUAGCUCCAUCCUUAUUUCAGACAUUGUGAUACAUCCGUGUUAUAUCAUGGUGUUUAGCUGGCGAUAUACAGGUGAAACUCGAAAAAUUAGAAUAUCGUGGAAAAGUUCAUUUAUUUCAGUAAUUCAACUUAAAAGGUGAAACUAAUAUAUGAGAUAGACUCAUGACAUGCAAAGCGAGAUACGUCAAGCCUUUAUUUGUUAUAAUUGUGAUGAUUAUAGCAUACAGCUGAUGAAAACCCCAAAUUAACAAUCUCAGAAGAUUAGAAUAUUGUGGAAAGGUGCAGUAGCUAUUCAAUCCAUAACACCUGCAAUGAGUUCCUGAGCCUUUCAGUGGUCUCUCAGUCUGGUUCGGAGGUAGUAAUUGAUGCAAAAGGGGCCCAAACCAAGUACUGAGUACAUAUGCAUGCUUCUACUUCUCAGAGGUCCAAUAUUGCUCUAUUUGCAAUCCUUGUUUUGCUGAUUUCAUUUAAUAUUCUAAUUUUCUGAGAUUGUUAAUUUGGGGUUUUCAUCAGCUGUAAGUUGAAUUACUGAAAUAAAUAAACUUUUCCACGAUAUUCUAAUUUUUCGAGUUUCACCUAUAUCACCAAUAUAUCAUGAUGCACUUUUAGGCACCGGGCAAAAACAUUCCUCUUUGGCUGAUUGACAUCCAGUGCCCUUUAAAAAUUGUGUUGGGGAGAUUAUUGGGUUGUUCUUGUUUUUAUUAUGUAUUUUGUGUUUUUAUGUUGUGAACCACCCUGAGACCUGCGGGCAUUUUUAAAACUAUUUUUAAAAAUGAGAGGAGAGGCUGUCUUAGUACUGUGGGUUACCGUAUUUUUUGCUCUAUAAGACUCACUUUUUCCCUCCUAAAAAGUAAGGGGAAAUGUGUGUGCGUCUUAUGGAGCGAAUGCAGGCUGCACAGCUGUCACAGAAGCCAGAACAGCAAGAGGGAUUGCUGCUUUCACUGCGCAGCGAUCCCUCUUGCUGUUCUGGCUUCUGAGAUUCAGAAUAUUUUUUUUCUUGUUUUCCUCCUCCAAAAACUAGGUGCGUCUUGUGGUCUGGUGAGUCUUACAGAGUGAAAAAUACGGUAAUUCACAGGCCAGACAGUGAUGGCCUUCACAUAAACCGUUUCUUAAUCCCUUUCUCUGUCCCUUGUCUGGGAUCCUUAUAAUUCCGUUUCAGGUGGAAGAAAUGGUGGCAGACCCAGCUACCAACUUGGCAGAGGCAGAGGCAGCCCCUUCGGCCACAACACUGAGGCCGCCUUACAGGUGGAUCGUGCAGGAGGGCAGUGGAGGUGCCACCUUGCUGGGUAAGGACCACGACAGGGCCCAGUUCAACUUGGCCUCCUCUUCCACCUCAGUUGCUUUCAUUCUACUGUGUCAGGGAAUGGUCUGAAUCAGAGGAUUGGGGAAUGCAUUCUCAGGCAGAUCAGCUCCUCUUUGAAGAGGAGCCAGUGAAGAUCCUUUAGGACCAGUGUUAUAUGGUCCCAGCAGCCACUCCCAGGCACCAGUCUAGCUGCCGCGUUCUGGAUUAGUUACAGUUUCCGGGUCACCUUCAAAGGUAGCCCCACAUAGAACAUGUUGCAGUAGUCCAAGUGGGAGAUGACGAGAGCAUGUACCACUCUGGCGAGACAGUCCACAAGCAGGGUCUCAGCCUGCGUUGGACGCUCAGUGGAGGUGAAUGUUCGAAGAUUCAGGACACAUAAAAGAAAAUAUUUCUUCAUGGAGCUAAACUAUGGAACUCGGUCCCACAGGAAACCGUGAUGGCGACCAACUCUGAUGGCUUUCAAAGAGGAUUAGACAAUUAGGGGGAAAGGGCCAUCAAUGGCUACUAGCCAGGAUAGCUUUGCCCUGCCUCCACAAUCAGAGGCAGAAAUGCUUCUGAAUAUCAAUUGCUGGAAACCACAGGAAGGGAGAGUGUUCUUUUGCUGGACUAGACAGGACAGUAGCCUGGUCCAGGAAGCUCAUCUUAAGUUGUUAGGACUUUUCGGUGUGCGUAGAAAUUGGACACCACUUCAACAAGCAAAGAAAAUGGUUUCCAGAUGACUAUUGGAGGUGUAAGGAACCUUCAGGCCUCCAGAUGUUGGUGAACUUUCAUCGACCCCUGCCCAUUGGCCAUGCUUACUGCUGGGCCUCAUGGGAGCUGUAGUGCAGCAGCAUCUUGUUGUUUAUUCGUCUGGUCGUGUCCGACUCUUCGUGACCCCAUGGACCAGAGCACCAGGCACUCCUGUCUUCCACUGCCUCCCGCAGUUUGGUCAAACUCAUGCUGGUAGCUUCGAGAACACUGUCCCACCAUCUCGUCCUCUGUUGUUCCCUUCUCCUUGCGCCCUCCAUCUUUCCCAGCAUCAGGGUCUUUUCCAGGGAGUCUUCUCUUCUCAUGAGGGGGCCAAAGUCUUGGAGCCUCAGCUUCAGGAUCUGUCCUUCCAGUGAGCACUCAGGGCUGAUUUCCUUCAGAAUGGAGAGGUUUGAUCUUCUUGCAGUCCAUGGGACUCUCAAGAGUCUCCUCCAGCACCAUAGUUCAAAAGCAUCAAUUCUUCGGCGAGCAGCCUUCUUUAUGGUCCAGCUCUCACUUCCAUACAUCACUACUGGGAAAACCAUGGCUUUUACUAUACGGACCUUUGUCGGCAACGUGAUCUCUCUACUUUUUAAGUUGCUGCUCAGCAGCAUAUGGGAAGCCAAAUGUUCACCUUCUGCAGAGGUAGCAGGCUGGUGUGCUCGACCCUAGAAGGGUGGAGAAAACCAUAACAGAGGAGGCCCUUUGACCUACCAUAAAUGGUGGUCAUGAAGCAAGGUCUUUUCAGGUGGCUUUAGGGAGUGGCAAAGGGCACUGGGGAGAAAGCGACUCUUUGGGGUGUGCAAGUCCCAGGCUAGGGGAGGUCCUUGAAUUGGGUCCAGAAGGGAACAGGGAACAGAAAGAAUUAUGAACAAAAAAGGGAAGGGUUUUAAAAACCAAUGGACUAUGUGGAAAUGGCAAAGAUGAUAGCAAAGGAAGUGAUCAAGUAAUGAAUUUUAUAUGGAAGAAUGAGAGCCUUAGUCAGACAAUUUAGAAAAUAUCAUAUAUUAAAUGGAAUCGCAGCAGGAUUAAAAUAAAUGCAGCAGAAGGGAAAUGGUUGUGAUUGUAAUGAAAAAAUGUGGAAUAGAUAAAACAUAUCAUGGAAAGGUGGGAAUGAAAACACUAAGGAAGAAGGGUGGGAAGUCAACUUUUAAAUGUGUAUAAAAUAUGAUUUUACUUUGUUUUUUAAAAUGUAAAAUUCAGUAACAAUUAAUUGGCAAGAAGGUAACAGGAUUAAGCAUCUCCACGUCUUCUUUUCUCCCCCCCAGGAAGUGGCAGAACCCUGGGAAUUUCUCCUGCGGUUGGUGGAGGGGAAGGAGUUGCUGUCCAGUCAAAUAAGGUAAUAAAAGCUCAAUGCUUGGAAUUCCCAAAGUGGUGAAAGAAAGUGCUUAGGCACCAGCAUAUAGUUACAGCAGGCGUAAGCAAACUCGGCCCUCCAGAUGUUUUGGGACUACAGUUCCCAUCAUCCCUGACCACUGGUCCUGUUAGUUAGGGAUGAUGGGAGUUGUAGUCCCAAAAGAUCUGGAGGGCCGAGUUUGCCUAUGCCUGAGUUACAGGAUUCGCUCCAACGAGUUGCCGUGAUGGCUGCCAACUUUAAAAGGGGGUUAGACAGACUCAUGGAGGGAGAAGGCUCUGCUUGGCCUCCAGCCACAAUAUCUUUGCUCUGCCUUCACAGUCCAAGCAAUUCAGAUGCCUCUGAAUAAUCCCAGUUGCCAGGAGGGAAGAGUGUUGCUGCUCCUGUUGCUCUCAGGUCCUCCUUGCUUCUCUUCUUUUUAUAUUGGGCGUCUGUUUGGCCACUGUUCUAACCAAUAUUGUUAGCUAAGUGGGCUUUGAUGGCACCCAACUCUAUCUGUUGAUGGACGGCCAUCCUGACUCAGCCCCAGACACACUGAUCAGAUGUUUGGAAACUCUGGCUGGAUGGUUACGUGGGAGCCGGUUGAAGUUAAAUCCUUCGAAGACAGAGGUCCUCUGGCUGGGACGGGACGAUAUGGGAUUGGGGGGGCAACUCCCAUCUCUUGUGGGGGUGCAAUUAGUGCCAGCACCGUCCGUUAAGAGUUUGGGUGUAAUCUUCGACACCUCCCUUUCCAUGGAGGCGCAGAUUGUAGCUAUAACAAAGGCGGCAUUUUUUCAUCUCUGCCAAGCAGUUGGCUCCUUACCUCUCUCACCUCUCCUUACCUCUCUCACCCUGACCUAGCCACUGUGAUCCACACGACGGUCACCUCCAGACUGGAUUAUUGUAACUCAUUCUACGUGGGGCUGCCCUUGAGACUGACCCAGAAACUCCAGCAGGUGCAGAAUGCUGCAGCGAGACUCCUUACAGGGUCUUCGCUGCGAGAUCAUAUUCACCUGGUGCUAUACCAGCUGCACUGGCUCCCGGUGGAGUAUAGGAUCAGGUUUAAGGUGCUGGUUCUAACCUUCAAAGCCCUAUACAGCCUAGGACCCUCGUACCUAUGGGACCGCCUCUCCUGGUAUGUCCCACAGAGGAAUUUAUGGUCUUCAGACAAAAACAUCUUGAAGGUCCCAGGCCACAGAGAGGUUAGGCUGGCCUCAACCAGAGCCAGGGCUUUUUCGGCCGUGGCCCCGAUCUGGUGGAACGCUCUGUCACAAGAGACUAGGGCCCUGUGGGACUUGACAUCUUUCCGCAGGGCCUGCAGAACAGAGCUGUUCCACGAGGCCUUUGGCCAAGACACAGCCUGACUCCCUCCUUUGGCAAUCCUCACAGAACUUCUAGCCCAAUGGUUGCCAUUAAUUUGAUUGGAAUUAAUUUGAUAAUGAAAUGAUUUUAGAAUGUUUUAUCGUCUUACUGUUGUUAGCCGCUCUGAGCUUGGCUUUGGCUGGGGAGGGCGGGAUAUAAAUAAAAUUUAUUAUUUAUGAUUAUUAUUAUUUGAAUGCUUUUCACGCUCCAGGAGAACCGUCAGACAUGUUCUCUUUCUUGAUGGGUCCUCCUUUUUGGAUUACCUAGACGGACAAGCUGCCUUCUCUUCUUUAUUCUAGGCUCCGAUGAACUUUGACGAGGUGGGUGUCUACUUCACAGAGGAGGAGUGGGAUCUGCUGGAUCCGGCCCAGAGAGCUUUGCACGGGGAAGUCAUGGAGGAGAACUGGGGGAACCUGGAGUCUGUCGGUAAGGCUCCCUCUCUGCCUUGUGUGGCGGACGCUGGAGGUUGAAAUUUUGAUUGAGGUCCUUUUAUUGAAUGAUAUCCUCUUCUUUUCUGGGGUUCCCUCUGAGGGAGUGAGAGAUGCCUCCAGACGUACCUUUUUAAGUCUUGAGAAUGUUGAAUGUUUUGAUGUUUUAUGGCUCUUUGUGCGCCUAUGUAACAUGCCUUCGAAUUCUGCUCAGAGCAGACUUUUGGCUUAACUGGAGGUUCUGCAAACCUCCAGCACAAUUCCGAGCACAAUUCAAAGUGUUGGUGCUGACCUUUAAAGCCCUAAACGGCCUCGGUCCAGUAUACCUGAAGGAGCGUCUCCACCCCCAUCGUUCUGCCCAGACACUGAGGUCCAGCACCGAGGGCCUUCUGGAGGUUCCCUCCCUGCAAGAAGCCAAGUUACAGGGAACCAGGCAGAGGGCCUUCUCGGUAGUGGCACCCACCCUGUGGAACACCCUCCCACCAGAUGCCAAAGAGAGGUCAACUACCAGACUUUUAGAAGACAUCUGAAGGCAGCCCUUUUUAGGGAAGCUUUUAAUGUUUGAUGCAUUACUGUAUUUUAAUAUUUUGUUGGAAGCCACCCAGAGUGGCUGGGGAAGCCCAGCCAGAUGGGUGGGGUAUAAAUAAUUUAUUAUUAUUAUUAUUAUUAUUACUUGGAUCCCUAACUGGAUACUGGACUCUCUUUUAUUCCUUGGCUUCAUGUUUUGUUUCAGUUGUUUCCCCUUGCCUGGGAGAUGAACCAAGUGGUUGAGAAGUAAAUUCUUCCCACGCAGAUACCUGUCCAACAUCUUCACAGCCUCUCCCAAUUCCAAAGGAAUUGAAAGAUGGAGCUGUGUACCGGCAUCAUGCUCCAAAUUGCCGGAUGACCACUCCCAACAGUUUCAUAUAGGUGUUAAACAGCAUAGGAGACAGAAUGAAUCAUGGUGGGACCCUGCAGCCCCCAAACCAUGGAGCAUAGCAACAGUCUCCUAGUGCUAUUUCCUGGUAGCCACCCUGCAGGUAGGAGUGAAACCAUUAUAAGACAGGACCUCCAUCUGGUACCCCCUUGAGCCACUCCAGAAGAACACCACGGUCAGUGGUUUCAAAAGUCAUUGGUGGGUCAAGGAAAGCCAACAGGGUUCCACCCAUCCUUCAAUCCCAAGAAAGGUUCUUCCUCAGACAACCAAGGCUGUGUCAGAGCCAACACUGGGCCUGAAACCAGACUGAAAUGUAUCUGGACCAUCUUGUUCCUUCAGGGAAGGAACCAGGUACAGGGGACCAGGCAGAGGGCCUUCUCAGUAGUGGCCCUGUGGAACACCCUUCCAUCAGAUGUCAAAGAGGUGAUAUGACAUUUAGAAGACAUCUGAAGGCGGUUUAGGGAAGCUUUUCAAUGUGUAAUAAUAAUAAUAAUUUAUUAUUUAUACCCCGCGCAGCCACUCUGGGCGGCUUCCAACAAAAUACUAAAAUACAGCAAUGCAUCAAACAUUAAAAACUUCCCUAAAGAGGGCUGCCUUCAGGUGUCUUCUAAAAGUCUGGUAGUUGUCGUUCUCUUUGACAUCUGGUGGGAGGGCGUUCCACAGGGCGGGUGCCACUACCGAGAAGGCCCUCUGCCUGGUUCCCUGUAACAUGGCUUCUCGCAGUAAGGGAACCACCAGAAGGCCCUCGGCGCUGGACCUCAGUGUCCAGGUAGAACGAUGGGGGUGGAGACGCUCCUUUAGAUAAUACUGGACCGAGGCUGUCCAAUAUUUUAUUUUGUUUCUAUAUAUGUUGGAAGCCGCUCAGAGUGGCUGGGGCAACCUAGUCAGGUGGGCAGGGUACAAUUAUUAUUAUUAUUAUUAUUAUUAUUAUUAUUAUUAGCAACUCUUCUUUAUGUCUACUUUCCUCUCUUUGUUACAGCAGGUGUUGAAUGGGAGAGUGAGACUGAGGGCGAAGCACACAGCACGUCCUUGGAAGGAGUUGGGUGUAUAGACGGGAAAGCUCAGAGAAGGGAAAUGGAACCAGAAGAGGAGGACAACUCCUUUGCUUCUCAGUGUAGCGACUUGUGUGAAAUCCCAGCCGAAGACCAAGAGAAGAAAAGUAUUCAGUGCAGUGUGUGCGAGGAAAGCUUUAGUUGUGAAUCAAACCUUAAUACUCACAUGAGAAUCCACAUGGAGGAGAAAGCGUAUAAAUGCCCGGUCUGUGAGAAGAGCUUCAGCUGUAGUGCACAUGUUAGUGAACAUCUAACAGUCCACAUAGCAGAGAAGCCAUAUCAGUGCUGGGACUGUGGACAGAGCUUCCAGCACAGCACGAGUUUUACACGGCACUUGACGAUCCAUACUGGGGUGAAACCGUAUAACUGCUCCGAGUGUGGAAAGAGCUUCCGCCUGAGGGCGUAUCUUACUUCACAUCAGAAACUCCAUACGGGGGAUAGACCAUAUGACUGCUCAAAGUGUGGGAAGAGUUUUGUUAGCAGCGCACACCUUCGGUCGCAUCAGAGAAUCCACACCGAGGAAAAGACUUACAAAUGUUUGGAGUGCGGAAAGAGCUUCAGGCAGCGGAUACACCUUAGCUCACAUCAGAUAAUCCACACAGGGGAGAAGCCACACAAAUGCUCCGAGUGUGGAAAGUGCUUCACUCACUGCAAAAGCCUCACACGGCAUCUCCUCACCAUCCACACAGGCGAGAAGCCUUACAAAUGUUCAGAGUGUGGAAAGAGCUUCAACCACAGCAUGAACCUUAAGUUACAUCAGAGAAUCCAUACAGGGGAGAAGCCGUAUGAGUGCUUGGAGUGCGGGAAGAGCUUCAGCUGGAGGACCUCGUUUACUUCGCAUCAAAAGAUCCACAUGGGGAUGAAGCCAUAUAAGUGCUCCGAAUGUGGAAGGAGCUUCCGUAACCACAUCAGCUGCAUACGUCAUCAAAGUGUGCACACCGGAGAGAAGCCGUACACAUGCUCAGAGUGUGGGAAGAGUUUCAGUCACAACUCUAGCCUUACCGAACAUCAGAAAAUCCACACGGGGGUGAGGCCAUAUAUAUGCUCAGAGUGCGGGAAGACUUUCAUCCGGAGACUACACCUUACAAGCCAUCAAAGAACCCAUACAGGAGAGAAACCAUAUAAAUGUUCGGAAUGUGGAAAGCGAUUCAGCCAGAGCUCGAGCCUUAAUGUACACCGAAGAAUCCACACGGGGGAGAAACCAUACACGUGCUCUGUGUGCGGGAAAAGCUGCAGCCAGAGGUCAAACCUUAACGUACACGAAAGAAUUCAUAAAGGGGUGGUUGCUGUCAAUUCUGCCGAUGCCUGUAAUGUGGAAAGAAUUUCAGUUACGGAACAGGCCUUCAAAGUAGAGGAUCCAUACAUCGGAUAUGGAAUCUAAAUGACUCGAGAGCUUAUCUGAGAGGAAAUACAGAGAAACCGUAUAAAUGCUCACAAUACGACAGAUUGUAUGUUGGCUCCCCAACAUUGCUAAUGAGAGGAUGACUAUGGUGAGCAAGCAUCUACAGGAGCCAACAUCUUCCAUGACGUCUUCUGGUUAAAGGCUCCUCUGGCCACCUGGGCAGAAUAAACUUUCCUAAUUCUUCCAAGUGACCACCUGAGUCCCCUCUACCACGGAGAAAGAUCCCGCUGGACAUCUGCAGUUGCAAAGAUGGUUCCUGUACUGUCCUGUGCCAUUUUAAUCUGAUAACUUCAUGAUGACAUUGUGACAUUUCUUUUCUGAGAAGGUAGAAGUUUCAGGCGAUGAGCUCCAGGCUCUUUAUUUUUGUAGGAAGGAGGUUAUGGAGAUUGAUUUUAUACGGUUUUAAUGUUUAUUAUUAUUAUUAUUUGGUUAUUAGUUUGAUUUUAUAUUUGAUGUAGCCUGUCCCAAGAUCCCUUAAAUUAGGAGUGGGAACCUCAGGCACAAGAGCUGAAAGCACUGUGUCUGACCUGUGGGAAACUCCCAUCAGCCCAUGCUCCUGUUUCACACUCUUCCUUGAGUGUUUUUGCCACACGUGGAUGUAUCCUUGAACUCUGAUAAUGCCACCUCUUGGCUUGGAUGAAAGGCAGAGCAGGGCUGUGCAGAAACUAGCCUACUGUACAAAAGGUAAAAAUGUUCAUUUCCUGAUCUUCCCACUUUCACCUCUGGCCACAUGGCCAGUGUGGCGCAGUGGUUAAGAGCAGUAGACUCGUAAUCUGGUGAACCAGGUUCGCUUCCCCGCUCCUCCACAUGCAGCUGCUGGGUGACAUUGGGCUAGUCACACUUCUCUGAAGUCUCUCAGCCCCACUCACCUCACAGAGUGUUUGUUGUGGGAGAGGAAGGGAAAGGAGAAUGUCAGCCGCUUUGAAACUCUUUAGGGUAGUGAUAAAGCGGGAUAUCAAAUCCAAACUCCUCCUCUUCUUCUUCCUCCAUCACUGGUCUCUCACCUCUGAAAGUUUGCCCAGAGGGAAAUGUGGCUCUUGGGCUAGAAAAAUGUCUCCCACCUCCGCCUUAAAUAAAUAACUGUAAAUAUUCACAUCUGGAAACAGUAAGUGCAGAUGUGCCACUCGGCAGAUACCGCUUGUUACUCAGAUGCAAGCAGGAUCCAUCCCACCUGAGCGGUUGACGAAAGAAGCCUUGCUAUUUUAGAGUAGCGCUGGCCUACGGUGGGUGAUUGGUUCAUAGAAUUGAAGAGUUGGAAGGGACCUAAAGCGUCAUCGAUGCAAUGGCCAUGUUAAGAAAUAGCUCAGUUUGAAGACUUUAGUUAUGGAGAAGGCUCAGAGGAGAGUUUUCUCUGGGGUAGCCCCUAAAGCAACCUUUCUCACCAGGUGGUGUUGGACUACAGGACCUGUUUUCAGGGAUAAAUAAAUAUUUUUUUAUUUAUACCCCGCCUUUCCCAGUUCAGAAAACCGGGCUCAGGGCAGCAAACAACAAAGUUAAAACACUUCAUUGAUGCAACAAAAAACAGCAUAAAAUACAGUAUAAAACGUGAAUAACAAUAAAUUCAGAAUUCAAAAAUCAAUUGGGGGGGGGAAUCCAUCCAAUAAACAUUAAAUGAUCACCAAGGCUAGCUGGCUAAAUUAGUCCUACUUGGGCCAGCGAGGAGACCAGGGGAGAAUUAGCUGUGGGAUCCCAGAGCGGGUAAUCUUCAUAAAAAGGGGAGGGGGAGGGAAGGAAGGGGAAUAAAAGAUCAGGCUAAGUUCAAAUUGAAAGCCAGACGGAAUAGGUCUGUCUUACAGGCCCUGCGGAAGGAAGUUAAAUCCUGGUCUCAUGGGACAGAGCAUUCCACCAGGUCGGAGCCAUCACUGAGAAGGCCCUGGCCCUGGUGGAGGAUAGUCUGACUUCCUUAGGGCCCGGGACCUCUAAACUAUGUUUAUUCAUGGACCUUAAGGUCCUCUGCGGGGCAUACCAGGAGAGGCAGUCCCAUAAAUAGUGGUAGUUGUAGUCCAACGUCUGGGGGACCCAAGUUUGCCCUAAAUUGUGGAAUUCCUUCUUCACGGUUGCGUCUGGAGAGUUAAAAGUACGUUUGCUGGGACCCUCUCCCUUUUCAGUUUUUUUUAAUCUAUGCAGCUCUGCUUCUGCUUAGAACUGCUCUAUUGCUUUCCUUUUUUUAUAAUUGUAUGAAAAGUUUCACUUGUUUUUUUUUAAUAUAAUUUUGUACGUUUAUAUUGUUGUAUCUUGCCCUAGGAACUUGUGGUGAAGGGUAGGGAAGCAGUCAAAUAAACAAAUUGAGC